GUCUCUGGAGUUGCUGCGACCUAAGGCCUGGCGAGGACACAGGGGGGAGCUGCAGGACCCGGAGGCGCGCGGCGGCCCGCCGUGGGCAGGGCGGGGCAGAGCAGGGCGGCCGCCUCCGCGCGUCCCACUGGGACCGUCCUCUCCGGCUGGGGGCUCUGUGCGCAGGGCAGCAGACGGGGCGCACCCCGGCCGGACUCACAUGGACCUCCCGCGUCGCUGGCUCUUUCGGAUGUUGUUGCUCGUUGCCACCAGCUCUGGGAUCCUCCUCAUGCUGUACUCCUCGGCGGGGCAGCGGUCCCCUGAGACCCAGGUUCCCGCCAGGAACAUGGCGUCAUCCCCACGAGCAUUCUUUGAACCCAAACCACCAAGUUCGGAAAACAGAAAGAGCCGACUUUGCCAGCACCCGCUGUCCCUGGCCAUUCAGAAGGACCGCCGCUUCCGCAGCCUGUUUGACCUCUCCAUCCCGGUGCUGCUGUGGGAGGGCCUCUUCACUCAAGAGCUGUGGAAUAAUCUGAGCCAGCACAAGGUCCCCUACGGAUGGCAGGGGCUCUCCCAGGAAGUCAUUGCCUCUACCCUGAGACUUCUGAAAAGCCCGGAGAGCGCGGAGCUGUUUGGUGCCCCCAGGAAACUACCUCUAAACUGUAUUCGCUGUGCCGUGGUGGGUAACGGAGGCAUUCUGAAUGGGUCCCGGCAGGGUCAGAAAAUCGACGCUCAUGACUAUGUCUUCAGACUCAAUGGCGCCAUAACCGAAGGCUUUGAGCGCGACGUGGGCACUAAGACCUCCUUCUACGGUUUCACCGUGAACACCAUGAAGAACUCGCUCGUCUCCUAUGCCAAACUGGGCUUCACCUCUGUGCCACAAGGGCAGAACCUGCGCUACAUCUUCAUCCCCUCCAGCAUCCGUGAUUACCUGAUGCUGAGAUCCGCCAUCCUGGGUGUGCCUGUUCCAGAAGGUCCCGAUAAAGGGGACAGGCCUCACACCUAUUUCGGACGGGAAACCUCUGCCAGUAAAUUCAAGCUCCUGCACCCAGACUUCAUCAGCUACCUGACAGAGAGGUUUCUGAAAUCCAAGCUGAUUAACACACGAUUUGGAGACAUGUAUAUGCCUAGCACGGGAGCACUCAUGCUGCUGACAGCCUUGCACACCUGUGACCAGGUCAGUGCCUACGGAUUCAUCACAAACAACUACCAGAAAUACUCGGACCACUAUUUCGAACGAGAGAAGAAACCACUGAUAUUCUACGCAAACCACGAUCUGUCCCUGGAAGCUUCGCUAUGGCGAGAUCUGCACAACGCCGGCAUCCUUUGGCUGUACCAACGCUGACCCCAAAGUACCGGAUUUCUGUGCCUCAAAAGCACUUUUUCUGACCUUUCAACUUUUGGAAGAAGCAACACUCCCCUUGGCCCUCUACUUCCCAACAGAGGGCAUUGAGACAAGACCCGUCAUGUAAUAGCAGAGCCUGUUCAAUGCACGACAGUCACCAGUCAAGACAACUCUUCUGGCCUUAGCCGAGGGAGGGAAGACUGCUUUGUAGGAUUUGUUUUAAAACUGAACAUUAACUCUCUCAAACUGAGAGACAAUGAUGCUCUCCAGCAAACAGGAGGGCAGGCACAUCUCAGAACUAAGUAGUUCAAAGCCAGCACUUGGUCCUGAGCAACUAGAAACAUUAAUGGAACCACUCAGGGCUAUCUAGGAACCUGGAUCGAGCAGAGACCCACCCCCAGCUGAAACCAAUGGCAUGUUGAGUCCCAAAUGCCAAAGCCAUUCAACCUAGGACACCUUAGGCAUUAUAGGAACAGGACCUUUCUGCCUCCUGAUAGAGGAUGAGAACCAGAGGCAGAAUGUAGUUUGAAGCUAGAUAGUAGGGUAAGUGAUGGAUGACCAUUUUGUCUUUUUUGUGUUGGUAGAGUAGAAGACACAAACUCCAAGGUGGAGUGUCAGGAGGGAAGGGGUGUGGUGGCACCAGCACCGAGGCUCAGGCUAGGAGUAUCUAGCACCUUGUGCAAGUCACCACCACUGACAAGUCCCACUGGAGAGGCACAUCAGUCCUUGUCACCAACAGGAAACUGAGUGAUGGACCCUCACUUCACAGCUUCAAUAAACAGCACCUGAUGCAGUCCAA